AACUAUGAGCGGAUUUUUAUAAGGAGCGUUUUUUCCCCCCUCACAGCAGCAGAAUAUGGAUUUUGAUGAGCGGAUCCCUGCCUCUAAUAUGUAUUUACCAAGCUGCACUUACUACGUCUCCGGAGCUGACUUCUCGGGUCUGCCUCAUUAUUUAACCCAGAGCCAGUCCUCUUGCCCCGUGACAUACCCCUACCAGUCCUCAGCGCUGCCACAGGUCCCAUCCGUAAGAGAUGUUGCGUUCAGGGACUAUGGGAUAGACGCUUCCAGUAAAUGGCACCACAGCAGGGGGAGCCUGACGCACUGCUACGCUGAGGACAUCGCGCACAGGGACGGCUGGACGACCCCGACCUCACGGGGGGGAGAUAUCCUGGUGAAAGGCAGCUCGAGCGCGAGCCACUCCAGCGGCGUCAGCACUCCGACGCCAGGAGGCUUCUACGGCAGCGUGGGUAGGAACGGCGUCCUGCCGCAGGCUUUCGACCAGUUCUUCGACACCGCGUACGGCAGCGCGGAGGACAGCACGACCCCCACAGCACAAGCGGCAGCAGCGGACACGGACAGACAUGCGGUCAAAACGAGCCCCGCUCCGGCGCACGCCGGCUCGGACACGGCGGAGAGUUUCAGCCCCAAAUCCUCGCCCGGACAGAGCGAGGAGAAGAGGAGCAGGAGCAGCAGUGGCCAGAGGACGCGCAAGAAGAGAUGCCCGUAUUCCAAAUAUCAGAUCAGGGAACUGGAGAGGGAGUUCUUUUUCAGCGUUUACAUCAACAAGGAGAAACGGCUGCAGCUCUCGCGGAUGCUCAAUCUGACUGACCGCCAGGUGAAAAUCUGGUUUCAGAACAGGAGGAUGAAGGAGAAGAAACUGAACAGAGACCGUUUACAGUACUACACCACAAACCCUCUGAUCUGUAACGGCGUCUAUCUGCCACCGGCGUCGGAAUAUUCAUAUGGACUCUCCGGUGGCUCGUGUUUUCCGGGGAUCGGUAAGCGCAGUAACGAGCCAGUCACCCAGAGCGUGAUCCCGUCCUCUGCUCCCUAUGUUCAGGGGAUGGAAACGUGGCUGGAAACGUCGAGAUCGUGCCGGGUGGAUCAGCCCAGCAGCGGCCAGCAUAUGUCUCAGUGUUCCUUCUCCCCGAGCAUAAAGGAGGAGAGCGCCUACUGCCUUUACGAGUCAGACAAAUGUCCUAAAGGAGCACCGGUAGAUGACAUUUCCUACUCCAGCGCAUCAUGCCCGGUUACCGGGAGCACCUUGCCGGUCCCCGGCUACUUCCGCCUGUCUCAGACGUACACGUCCUCCUCCUCAAGGCUGUACCAAGAUGUCCAGCCAAACAUGAACCACUUCACCCUGCAGAGACCUGCACGCUCGGACAGCCAGCCCUCCCAGGCUGCCUCUGCAGAGCCGGAGCGAAGGGAGAGCCACGAGGAGGCGCCUGUCCCUGCGCCCUGCGCCCCGGCCGGAGAGGAGGACAGCCGGCUCUCCUCAGAUAGCUCUUCCUCUCCUGAGCCCGCCGAGACCUGCAGGGCGGAGUGUCCGGAGAAAACCAGCAAAGAUGGGAAAAUAGAAAGCACGGCCAACUGGCUCACAGCAAAGAGUGGCCGAAAGAAGCGCUGCCCCUACACCAAACACCAGACUCUGGAGCUGGAGAAGGAGUUCCUCUUCAACAUGUACUUGACUAGAGAGCGUCGCCUGGAGAUCAGCCGCAGUGUGCACCUCACUGACAGUUGUGCAAUGUCGACGCUGGGGACGAGUUUUUAUAUUGACACGCCUGUUCUUUCCGAGCAGGAAGACAUGGCACCCAGGUUCUCAUCAGCUGCAGGGGUGGAGCAGGCGAUGCUCGCCGAAUAUGGCGGACAGGAGUCAUGCCCUUUGCAGGCGAAAUCUUCUAUUUUUGGUGGAUCUUGGAGUCCAAUCUCGGCUCACCCUCCAAACACAGCCGCCCCGACCUACAUACAUCACCCUUACACCAGCGGAGACUGCGAUGGCAUGUUUACGCGCUCCUGGGCGUUGGAUCCGGUCUCCGCGUCCCUGUGUCUGACGGGAUUACCAUCGACAGCCAUGCAUUAUGAGAUCAAACCCGAGCCUCUGAUCGGGAGUGCCGAGUGCACAAAUUUAGAGACGCACACGCCGCUUUUGUCUGACAUCGGAAACGAAGCAUCGCUCGCAGAGAUCCCCUGCGAGACCACGAUUAAACCUACGGAGGAGGAGAGCCCGUCAUCGGAGGAGAAGAGGGACGCAGAUGCAAAUAACCCCUCAUCCAACUGGCUGCACGCAAAGCCCACCAGAAAAAAACGCUGUCCCUACACAAAGCACCAAAUCCUCGAACUGGAGAAGGAGUUUUUGUUUAACAUGUACCUCCCCCGGGACCGUAGAUACGAGAUAGCAAGACUCCUGAAUCUGACCGAGAGACAGGUGAAAAUCUGGUUUCAGAACCGCAGGAUGAAGAUGAAGAAAGAAAACAAGGACCGGCGGAGAAACAGUUAA